CUGGACGCCCCCUGCUGGAAGUGAGCCGCACUGCGGCGCUGGAGUUUCCUGUUGAAUUUCCCUGUAGAGCGCAACAGGAACUCCCAGCCUGAGCUGCGUUUGCGACAGCACUCACCGCGGGCAGGAUUCCUCAAACUCUCUCAGCUACUCCAAACCGCCACAGAUUAACCACCAAAACCCACCGUAACCAGUUAUCUUCAUCCUCUCAGCCACCUCGCAACUGGAAACCACAUCGGAAAAUGCAUGAAUGAAUAGUUGAAGCGGAUUGUUUGUCCUGGAAACUCAAGUAAGGAGCGAUGGCAUCCACAGUGACUCUGGAAGAUGCUCUGUCCAAUGUGGACCUGCUGGAGGAGCUGCCGCUCCCAGACCAGCAGCCCUGCAUUGAGCCUCUGCCCUCCUCCCUCAUUUACCAGCCCAACUUCAACACCAACUUUGAGGACCGCAAUGCUUUUGUGACCGGCAUCGCCCGUUACAUCGAGCAGGCCACCGUCCACUCCAGCAUGAAUGAGAUGUUAGAGGAAGGACAGGAGUAUGCUACGAUGCUGUAUACUUGGAGGAGCUGUUCAAGAGCUAUUCCUCAGGUGAAAUGUAAUGAACAGCCCAACAGGGUGGAGAUCUAUGAGAAGACCGUGGAAGUGCUGGAGCCGGAAGUCACUAAACUAAUGAACUUCAUGUACUUUCAGAGGACAGCAAUAGAUCGCUUCUGUGGGGAAGUGCGUCGACUGUGUCACGCCGAGCGGAGGAAGGACUUUGUCUCUGAAGCCUAUCUGCUCACGCUGGGGAAGUUCAUCAACAUGUUUGCCGUGCUGGAUGAACUGAAGAACAUGAAGUGCAGUGUCAAAAAUGACCACUCCGCAUACAAAAGAGCUGCCCAGUUCCUGAGGAAAAUGUCAGAGCCAUCCUCCAUUCAGGAAUCUCAGAACUUAUCCAUGUUCCUGGCCAACCAUAACAAGAUAACUCAGUCCCUACAGCAGCAGCUUGAGGUGAUUAACGGAUAUGAUGAGCUGUUGGCAGACAUCGUUAACCUGUGCGUGGACUACUACGAAAACAAGAUGUACCUCACCCCCAGUGAGAAACACACGCUACUCAAAGUGAUGGGCUUUGGUCUUUAUCUCAUGGAUGGAACCAACAGCAGCAUUUACAAACUAGAUGCCAAGAAGAGAAUCAACCUCACGAAAAUUGACAAGUUUUUCAAGCAACUGCAGGUAGUGCCUCUGUUUGGUGACAUGCAAAUUGAGCUGUCACGCUAUAUCAAAACCAGCGCUCACUAUGAGGAAAACAAAUCCAGGUGGUCGUGCACAUCUACAGGCAGUAGCCCACAGUAUAACAUCUGCGAGCAGAUGAUUCAGAUCCGUGAAGACCACAUGCGCUUCAUUUCUGAGCUGGCUCGCUACAGCAACAGUGAGGUGGUGACUGGUUCAGGGCGUCAGGAGGCUCAGAAGACGGACUCUGAAUACAAAAAGCUGUUUGAUCUGGCUCUGCAGGGUCUGCAGCUGCUUUCUCAUUGGAGUGCUCAGGUCAUGGAAGUGUAUUCCUGGAAGUUGGUGCACCCCACAGAUAAAUACUCCAACAAAGAAUGCCCAGACAAUGCUGAGGAGUAUGAACGUGCCACUAGAUACAAUUACACCUGCGAGGAGAAAUUUGCUCUGGUGGAGGUGAUUGCCAUGAUAAAGGGCCUGCAGGUGCUGAUGGGCCGUAUGGAGAGCGUGUUCAACCACGCCAUCCGUCACACCAUCUACGCAGCUCUGCAAGACUUUGCCCAGGUAACGCUCAGAGAACCGCUGCGCCAGGCCAUCAAGAAGAAGAAGAACGUCAUCCAGAGUGUCCUCCAGGCCAUCCGGAAGACCAUCUGUGAUUGGGAGACUGGCAGAGAGCCACCUAAUGACCCAGCUCUGCGGGGCGAGAAGGACCCUAAAGGGGGAUUUGAUAUCAAAGUUCCUCGUCGUGCAGUAGGACCAUCCAGCACACAACUGUAUAUGGUCAGGACAAUGCUGGAGUCUCUGGUCGCUGAUAAGAGCGGCUCAAAGAAGACGCUGCGCAGUGGUUUGGAGGGUCCGACCAUCCUGGACAUCGAGAAGUUCCAUCGCGAAUCAUUCUUCUACACUCACCUGCUCAACUUCAGUGAGACGCUGCAGCAGUGCUGUGAUUUGUCCCAGCUCUGGUUCCGUGAGUUCUUUCUGGAGCUCACAAUGGGGCGUCGCAUUCAGUUCCCAAUUGAGAUGUCCGUGCCCUGGAUCCUUACCGACCACAUCCUGGAGACUAAAGAGGCCUCUAUGAUGGAGUAUGUGUUGUAUUCAUUGGAUCUGUACAACGACAGCGCACACUAUGCUCUCACCAAGUUUAAAAAGCAGUUCCUUUAUGAUGAGAUUGAAGCUGAGGUGAACCUCUGCUUUGACCAGUUUGUCUAUAAACUUGCUGAUCAAAUUUUUGCCUACUACAAGAUUCUUGCCGGAAGCCUCCUCCUGGAUAAGAGGCUAAGAGCAGAAUGUAAGAAUCAGGGCGCCAACAUAUCAUGGCCUACCUCCAAUCGUUACGAGACGCUUCUCAAACAGAGACAUGUCCAGCUCCUAGGACGAUCGAUUGACUUGAACCGUCUGAUCACCCAGCGAGUGUCCUCAGCGCUGUACAGAUCCAUAGAGCUCGCCAUCAACCGCUUUGAGAGCGAGGACCUCACUUCCAUCAUGGAGUUGGAGAGUUUGUUGGAGAUAAACCGGCUGACCCAUAAGCUCCUCAGUAAGUAUUUGACACUGGACAGUAUCGACACCAUGUUCCGUGAGGCAAACCACAACGUAUCCGCACCCUAUGGCAGAAUCACUCUCCAUGUCUUCUGGGAACUCAACUAUGACUUCUUGCCCAACUACUGUUACAAUGGAUCCACGAACAGGUUUGUUCGCACAGUGCUGCCAUUUUCACAGGAGUUUCAGAGAGACAAGCCUCCCAAUGCCCAGCCGCAGUACCUAUAUGGCUCAAAGACCUUGAAUUUGGCAUACAGUAGCGUAUACAGCCUCUACCGGAACUUCCUGGGACCUCCACAUGUUAAGGCUAUUUGCAGACUUCUAGGAUACCAGGGCAUCGCUGUGGUGAUGGAAGAGCUGUUAAAGGUCGUCAAAAGCCUGCUUCAGGGCACCAUUCUGCAGUAUGUGAAGACCCUGAUGGAAGUGAUGCCCAAGAUAUGCCGUCUGCCUCGCCAUGAGUAUGGCUCACCAGGUAUUCUGGAGUUCUUCCACCACCAGUUGAAGGACAUUGUGGAGUAUGCUGAGCUGAAGACCGUGUGCUUCCAGAGCCUGAGGGAAGUUGGAAAUGCUUUGCUGUUCUGCCUUCUGAGUGAACAGAGCUUGUCUCAAGAGGAGGUGUGUGACUUGUUGCAUGCGGCACCAUUCCAGAACAUCUUGCCAAGAGUUCACGUUAAAGAAGGUGAGCGUCUGGAUGCGAAGAUGAAGCGUUUGGAGGCCAAAUACACUGCACUGCAUAUGGUGCCUCUAAUUGAGCGUCUGGGAACUCCUCAGCAAAUUGCCAUCGCCCGUGAGGGUGACCUGCUGACUAAAGAGCGCCUUUGCUGUGGUCUCUCCAUAUUCGAGGUCAUUUUGACUCGUGUCCGCGGUUAUCUGGAUGACCCAAUGUGGCGCGGCCCAUUACCCAGCAACGGCGUGAUGCACGUGGACGAAUGCGUGGAGUUCCACAGGUUGUGGAGCGCCAUGCAGUUUGUGUACUGCAUUCCGGUGGGAGCACACGAGUUCACUGUUGAACAAUGUUUUGGAGAUGGUCUGCACUGGGCCGGUUGCAUGAUUAUCACCUUGCUUGGACAGCACAGACGCUUUGACAUCCUGGACUUCAGCUACCAUCUCCUUAAAGUGCAGAAACAUGAUGGCAAAGAUGAGAUCAUCAAGAGUGUGCCUCUAAAGAAAAUGGUUGAACGAAUUCGCAAGUUCCAGGUUCUAAAUGAUGAAAUCUUCACCAUUUUGAACAAGUACCUGAAGUCUGGGGAUGGAGAGAACAUGCCAGUAGAACAUGUCCGUUGUUUUCAGCCUCCAAUCCAUCAGUCUUUGGCCAGUAACUGAGAUUGACAUACAUUUGCUCCAAUUAGAAGUGGACAAGAUGGUAAGAGGGGAACAUAUUUAGCAUUAAGUUUAGCCUCAUGUUUAGGACCAGUUUCACUGUCACAUUCUACUUAGAGACGCCUUUCUUACAUCAGCCUAGUGUUCACAGAGCCAGUAAGUUGCCUUUUGAUUAGUUGAGUGUUUGGUAAGCACUGAUCAGUUGUACCAUUAUUGGUUUUGCACGUGUCUCAGGCUUUGGUCAAUUAGGCCAAAAUGUGUUUUAAUAUGAUGUAGACAAACACGGCUCAGUUUUACUAGUGUAUGGCAGGAUGAUUUUAUAUUGUACACACACUCGUGCCUUAUUAUAGAUAAAUGACUAUUAUCUUUUAUGUUAAUGAUAGCACAGCACUACUCAUUAUCAUGUUUUAUAUUUGGGGAGAGCAGUGGGAAAGGGUUGGAAAAUGGCCAAGUGGGUUUUAUCAACUGAUUAUUUAAGCUUUUGCUGUGGUGAGAGACCAGCGGUAUAUUUCUGUGUGGUGUUUUUGAAUGAUUAUAUGCAAGAUCUUUUUCCUUCUGUUAUCCUGAAUAAAACUUUAAGCAUAACCAAGUCCUUACUCUCAAUAAACAUACCUUUUUUUUUAUUUGAAUUAUGUAAUCAGAUUUUAAUUCAAUAAAUAUGUAUCAAACCCUG